AUGGUGAUCAAUGUGGUGAAUGCUUCUUGCAAGCGUAAAGACAUGCUUCGACAAAGUUACAAAGAUAGAGUGCAAGAAGCAAUUGUGCUCCGGUAUGUUGAAGAGGACGGGGAUAAUGGUUUUAGUCGCACUCAAGCAACUGAGGUCAUAGACUUCUUGUCACGGGCUCUUCAUAAAAAGGAUCAAGAUAUUUUGGAAGCGGUUUCAUUGAUAAGAGGAAUCAAACAACUAUUGCAACAAUUUAGAGAAACUGAUUUUGAUCCACUUUUGAAGAAAAUGUAUUCUUUUUGUGAAGCAAAUGGUAUUAAAGCUUUGGAUAUGGAAGACCGUUAUUCAAAAAACGGAAGAAAAAGGACCAACAUCACCAAUUGUCAUUAUUACAAGUUUGAUAUUUUGAACACUUUUGUGGACAUGCAAAUUCAAGAGUUUGGGGAUCGAUUUAGUGAGGUAGGUACUGAAUUGCUUAAAAAUAUAGCAGCUUUGAGUCCAUGCGAUUCAUUUUCGCAGUUCAAUGUAUCAGAUUUAUUGAAGUUGAGUGAGUUGUAUCCUCAAGAUUUUAAUCAUAUGGAAAAGAUCGCUCUUGAGAAACAACUUAACAUGUACUAUUUGAUUGUGCGUCAAGAUGAAAGAUUUGCCAAUUUGAGUGGUAUUACCGGGCUCGCUAGACUGCUAGUGGAAACAAAAAAGUAUAAAACUUAUCAUCUAGUAUAUCGGUUAUUGAAGUUGGCUUUGGUUUUGCUAUUUGCUACUGUAACAGUCGAAAGAUGUUUUUCUGCUAUGAAAAUUGUGAAGUUAGAUUUGCGCAACAAAAUCGGUGAUGAAUUUUUGAAUGCUGCAAUGAUAUGUACUAUAGAAAAAAAAACAUUUCUCAUAGUUUCAAACGAUGAUGUAAUUACUCAAUUUCAAAAUAUGGAGAGUCGUAGGGCACAGUUGUAA